AUGGACUGUAGCCCCUGGAGGUGGCUCACCCUUGUGGCCAGUUUGCUGACCUGUGGGAUCUGCCAGGCUUCUGGUCAGAUCAUCAUCCCAGACUCACUCAUAGGAGUGGAGAAAUACCGGACCAUCCUGACCCUAGAAAAUGUCCCAGAAGAUGUCCUGGAGUACAGCUGGUAUCAGGGCACCAACAACAGUACCGCAAACAUGAUUUUCAGCUAUAAACCUCCCAGUACUCAGCACCCUGGACCCUUGUACAGUGGACGUGAGAACGUGACCCGUACAGGUAGCCUGGUGGUGAGGAUGUCAGCGAUAAAUGACACAGGCUAAUAUACUGUCAAAGUCGACACUAGCAACGGAACGAAAGCAACUGGCUGGCUCGAGAUCCUAAAGUUGAGAAGCAAUCCAGGCAUCUCAGCCAAUGCCUCAGCCAAUACCAGCGCCCUGGUAGAAGGCGUGGAUUCCAUGGUUGCCAAAUGUCUUACCAACUCCUCGAGCAUCAAGUGGUAUGUGAUCUCUGUACCAACCUCAGGCAGUGACCACAUGACGAUUUCCCCGGAUGGCAAGACUCUGGUCAUCCACAGAGUCAGUCGUUCCGACCACAAUCUUCAGUGUGCCAUAGAAGAUAUCCCAGAAAUACUCCAGAGAAGUGAGAUGAUUCACUUGACUGUGGCUUAUGGACCAGACUAUGUGUCACUGUGGACCCAGCCCGAUUUCUCUGACGGUGUGCUGACUGCUGUUACUGGUUCCAGUGUGCAGCUGAAAUGUAACUGUUUCUCCAGGUCAGGACCCAGGUACCACUGGAUAAAUAAUGGCUCCCUCCCCAGCAUCUCAGAGGGGAACAUGACCCUCCCCAGUCUGUCCUGGGAACAAAUGGGCAGUUACCGGUGUAUUGUGGAGAGCCUGGAGACCCAGCUAGCCUUCUACAGAGAUGUUACCAUCCAGCCACCUCGGAAACCGAUGUGGAUCGUGAACAGGGAGUUCUCCAUCCCAGGAUCCUUGGUGAUAUGUCUCAUGCUAUUGGCAUCCCUGGGAAGUGCCUAUGUGUGUGGAAUCCUGGUCUACACCCUGUUCCUAUUCUGCUUCAGAAGAGAAACUUGCCAUAAAUGUCCACAGCAGACCUAG